AUGAAAAUAGCCGUCGACAUGCCAGCGCGUCAGAGGAUUUUCCAUUCGCCAGUGCAGACUGACAUGUACGAGGUGAUCUACGACCAUCGUAUGAGACGUUGGAUGGUUAUGUGGUACCGGCAUGGUGUGCAGGUCUUUAGAUGGUUUAAUGCCAGGGGCAGCCAAUUUGAGCAAGGCCGCACUCGCGCCAUCCUUUUCUUCAAGCAGCUGCAGCUUGGUGGCAAGCUGGGUUCACCCAAGCCAGACCAGUGCCGCAGUGGUGUCCGUGGGGUUUUCUUUGACAAACAGGAGAAGUCAUGGGUGGCCCGCUGGAGCAACUGUGGCAUAAAGACGUAUGCCAUGUUCAGCACCGAGGAUUUGGGCUUCCAAGAAGCCUAUAACAAAGCCAUUGAGCGGAGGAUUCAUAAUGUCCGACAAAACCAUCAGUUUAUGUUUCAGCGAACGCGCUGGAAGGGCCAAAGAAGACCCCUUGGAACUCCGCACACCUGA